UAAUCUAAGUAUGGCUAUGAUGUUAGAAAACUGCCACUCAUCUCUGAAAAAUCAUGGAGCAAUGAAUAAAAGACAGGUGAAUAAAUUGUUAUGUUGACCAACACCCCUCAACAACUCUCCGAAAACACUCUCUCAUUAGAACAGAAUACCAAGGCGAUGGAGUUACAGCACCUCAGUUCUCCAUCAGAAGUGUAAACAAAGUGCUGUCCGGAGGAAAGAGGACCGACAGGAGAAAACUUUCUGAUGAUUUUGUGAUAAGACGGCAGGAUUCAGAAAGGCAAAGUAAUCUGCUGUCCAGUUUGUCAAUGGAAUACAUCAACUCUUCUAACGUCCUCUGCUGUGUUAGGGACUCGAAUGAACUCUUACAGGCUAAACUGGCAAGUUCCAGCUCUAGAUUAGUUGAGAGGAUAAACGACCAAGCGGAAGUGCUUUACAAUGAUAUCCAGCACCCAAAAGCUUUCAAACAUCCUACAAACAAUAUCUCACAGAUUAAGGUAAAGCCCAGUAAGAAGAAUAAGACCAGUUACACGGAGAUGUAUUUGGCUAAACAGCAGCAAUUGGAUAAGCAACUUGACAGAAAGAAGUGUGCCAAUAUUUCAAAGCAGAGGUGUGAGAAUGAAAGACAGUUCAUCAGUCCAGAAAUUAGAAAUUAUCACGGAGAGGAGGGAACAGAAAGUAAAAUAUCUACAUACCCGCACACUUUACCCAGUGCAAUGUGCACUAUCUCUGGCGGAGGAGAGUUCCCGGCACUAUACGGAGGUUACUCUGCCUUACCCCCCAUCCAUACCACGCAGGAACCAGCUGUAGAGGAGGAAGUUCUGCCCCCUCCCUCUCCCAAGAAGGCUGGUGAGGGUUAUUCAGCUCCAAAACCGCAAGUUACAUACAGACCCUAUACUUUGAAAGAGUACGGAGCAAUGAAGAGAAGUUUUGGUUACAGAACAGGUGGACUAGGACCUGAUACCUUAAAUACUGCUUAUAAAUCAAAGAUGGAGAAAAGUAAGAGAAUUUCACUGUACGCACAGCAGCUACGUUCAGAGCAUAGGACCAAAGAAUUUCCUAAGAGGAAAUCUGUCAACCCCAGAUACCAGCCACCAUCAAAGUCGGAAAUAGCACACCAGUAUGCGAGCAAGAUUCCCAGACCGAUACCAGCUAAAAGGAAGCCGAAUCUUUCGCCUCUUCCAGAUAUGAUCGAAAAAGAACCGAGUAUUUUGAGGGAAGACAUUCUGCAAGAGAGAGUGAGACGACACAUUCAACAUAAACGGAUCCUAGAAGAUUUAGAUAACGUUUGAGCUUCUGAAGGAACUUGUUUAUUUCAGGUUCACACAUCACCUAUGCGAUGUUGCUUAGCAAGCAUUUUUGAUCUGCCAGAAGUACAAACAACUUCUUAAAAAUAAGGGUUGGUUAUGGAUCGACAGUACUAGUAGUUCCUGUCAGAUUUUAUUGAUUUGUCAGAGGUUUAACAAUAACAGGACAAGAUGUGAUUGCUGAUUGGCCCAAUGGCCCUGCUCGACGAUUGUUAUUACAUUUACAUGUUAUUUUGCCAAAAAUGUAUUCGAAACGUUGAAUUUUAAUCCGAUUACCGAGAUAAACAUUAUAUUUUUGGUUAUUGUGUAAAAUAUUGUACAAUCAAUCUUGUAAAUACCUUUAGAAAAUUUUUAAUUUUUACUAUAGUCGAA